AUUUUCAUAGCUCUCUGUACAAAGUUUUAAACUACUUUGUCAAUAAUAAAUACUUUGUCAAUAAUAAAUCUAUUAUUGACUUCAGAGGAAGUGACAUUAAAGAUCACUGAAAUAUUCUUUUUACCUUUUUCUGGAAGCACUUACGUUGGUUUCUCUGCCUCCCAAAGCCGCCCCUACCAGCUAUUGUGAGUACCUAGUAAGUCAGGCUCUGGCAAAAUUGAAAAAGCUUCCUACCCAUUCUAAUAUGUAGCCAAGAUUUAGAAACAAUAGGAUAUCCGAAAAAACAAUGGACUUGGAAGACUUAGGCUCAAAACCUGGAUUUGUCACUUAAUGUGACAUGUGACUCAUUUUCUCAAUAAUACACUUGUGAGGAUUAAAAAGAUAACAUGCAGCCACUUCCCCUUGGUUUUCUAGUUUGUGAGCAUAUAGUUGUUCAUAAUAGUCUCUGAUGAUCGUAUCUAUUUCUUGGUAUCAGUUGUAAAGCCUCCUUUUUUCAUUUCUGAUUGUGUUUAUUUGGACUUUCUUCUUGGUUAGUCUAGUGAGUAGUUUCUCAAUUUUGUUUAUCCUUUCAAAGAACCAACUUUUCAUUUUUCAGUCUUCUGUAUUGUUUUUCUGGUCUCUGUUCCAUUUAGUUCUGCUCUGAUCUUUAUCUCUUUUCUUCCGCUAACUUUGGGUUUGGUUUGCUCUUUUUCUAGUACCUUGAGAUGUGAUGUUAGGUUGUUAAUUUCAUAUCUUUUAUUUUAUUGAUGUAGGCAUUUAAUGCUAUAAAUUUUCCCUCAGCACUGCUUGUGCUGUAUCCCAUAGGUUUUGGCAGGCAGUAUGUUCAUUUUCAUUUGUCUCAAAAAAUUUUUAAAUUUCCAUUAUAAUUUCUUCACUGACCCAGUGAUAUGGGUUGGCUAUGUCCCCACCCAAAUCUCAUCUUGAAUUGUACGCUCAUAAUUCCCAUGUGUUGUAGGAGGGACCAAGUGGGAGAGAUUUGAAUUAUGGGGGCGGUUCCCCCCAUACUGUUCUCAUGGUAGUGAAUAAGUCUCAUGGGAUCUGAUGGGUUUAUCAGGGGUUUCCAUUUUUGCAUCUCCCUAUUUUCUCUUGCCACUGCCUAUAGGAAGUGCCUUUUGCCGCCCAUUAUGAUUUUGAAGCCUCCCCAGCCAUGUGGAACUUAAGUCCAAUUAAACCUCUUGUUCUUUCCAGUCUCAGGAAUGUCUUUAGCUGCAGUGUGAAAACGGACUAAUACAGUAAAUUGGUACCAGUAGAGUGGGGUGUUGCUGAAAAGAUAUCAGAAAAUGUGGAAGUGGCUCUGGAACUGGGUAACACAGGCAGAGGUUGGGACAGUUUGGAGGGCUCAGAAGAAGACAGGAAAAUGUGGGAAAGUUUGGAACCUCUUAGACACUUGUUGAAUGGCUAUGACCAAAGGUCUGAUAGUGAUAUGGGCAAUAAGGCCCAGGCUGAGGUGGUCUCAGAUGGAGAUGAGGAACUUGUUGGGAACUGGAGCAAAGGUGACUCUUGUUAUGUGUUUGCAAAGGUGACUCUUGUUAUGUGUUUGCAAAGGUGACUCUUGUUAUGUUUUAGCAAAGACCCACUGGUGGCAUUUUGCCUCUGCCCUAGAGAUCUGUGGAACUUUGAACUUGAGAUUAUUUAGAGCAAUUGGUGGAAGAAAUUUCUAAGUAGCAAAGCAUUCAAGAGGUGACUUGGGUGCUGUUAUAAGCAUUCAGUUUUACAAGGAAAGCAGAGCAUAACAGUUUGGAAUUUUUUUUUUUUUUUUUUUGAGUUGGAGUUUUGCUUUUGUUACCCAGGCUGGAGUGCAAUGGCACAAUCUCGGCUCACUGCAACCUCCGCCUCCUGGGUUCAGGCAAUUCUCCUGCCUCAGCCUCCUGAGUAGCUGGGAUUACAAGCACGCGCCACUAUGCCCAGCUAAUUUUUUGUAUGUUUAGUAGAGACGGGGUUUCACCAUGUUGACCAGGAUGGUCUUGAUCUCUUGACCUCAUGAUCCACCUGCCUUGGCCUCCCAAAGUGCUGGUAUUACAGGCUUGAACCACCGCACCUGACCAAAAGUUUGGAAAAUUUGCAGCCUGACAAUGUGAUAGAAAAGAAAAAACCAUUUGCUGAGGUGAAAUUAAAGCCAGCUGCAAUAAUUUGCAUGAGUAAUGAGGAGCUGAAUGUUAAUCCCCAAGACAACAGGGAAAAUGUCUCCAGGGCAUGUCUAAGGUCUUCACAGUAGUCCCUAACAUCACUGGCCCAGAGGCCUAGAAGAAAAUGGUUUCCUGGGCUGGUCCAUGGUCCCGUGCUGUGUGCAGCCCAAGGACUUUGUACCCUGUGUCCCAGUCUCUCUCGCUGUGGCUGAAAGGGGCCAAUGCAGAGCUUGGGGUGUGGCUCAGAAGGUGCAAGCUCCAUGCCUUGUCAGCUUCCACAUGGUGUUGAGCUGCGAGUGCACAGAAGUCAAGAAUUGGGGUUGGGAACCUCUGCCUAGAUUUCAGAAGACGUAUAGAAAUGCCUGGAUGCCCAGGCAGAACUUUGCUGCAGGGGCAGGGCACUCAUGGAGAAUCUCUGCUAGGGCAGUGUGGAAGGGAAAUGUGGGGUCAGAAGCCCCCAAACUGAGUCCCUACUGGGGCACUGCCUAGUGGAGCUAUGAGAAGAGGGCCACUAUCCUCCAGAUCCCAGAAUGGGAGAUCCACUGACAGUCUGGACCAUGCUCCUGGAAAAGCUGCAGACACUCAAGGCAUGAAAGCAGCUAGGAGAGAGGCUGUACCCUGUAAAGCCACAGGGGUAGAGCUGCCCAAGACCAUGGGAACCACCUCUUGCAUCAGUGUGACUGGAUGCAAGACCUGGAGUUAAAAGAGAUCAUUUCGGAGCUUUAAAAUUUGACUGCCCCAGUAGAUUUCAGACUUGCAUGGGCCCCAUAGCCACUUUGUUUUGGCCAAUUUCUCCCAUUUGCAGUGGCUGUACUUACCCAGUACCUGUACCCCCAUUGUAUCUAGGAAGUAACUAGCUUGCUUUUGAUUUUACUGACUCAUAGGUAAAAGGGAUUUGCCUUAUCUCAGAUGAGACUUUGGACUAUGGACUUUGGUUAAUGCUGAAAUGAGUUAAGACUCUGGGGGACUGUUGAGAAGGUGUGAUUGGUUUUGAAAUGUGAGGACAUGAGAUUUGGAGGGCCCAGGGGUGGAAUGAUAUGGUUUGGCUGUGUCUCCACCCAAAUCUCAUCUUGAAUUAUACUCCCAUAAUUCCAAUGUGUUGUGGGAGGGACCUAGUGGGGGAUCAUUUGAAUUAUGGGUGUGCUUUUACACCCUACUGUUCUCAUAGUAGUGAAUAAGUCUCAUAAGAUUGGAUGAUUUCAUCAGGGGUUUCCACUUGUGCAUCUUGCUCAUUUGCUCUUGCCACCCUCGUGUAAGAAGUGCCUUUUGCCUCCCGCCAUGAUUCUGAGGACUCCCCAGCCAUGUGGAAAUGCUUUAAGGAAUGCGUUCCAGAGGCAGUGACACCGAGGGCUCAGCCACAAAGAAACUUCUAAGCCACACUAAAGGCCACAGUUUCCAAGGGCCUAAAAACAUGAAGCACAGACAGCAAGACAAAGACCCCCCCAGUGAGUCGGAUGUAAUACUUCCCUGUCCCAAGGCAGAGAAGCCACACAGUGGUAAUGGCCACCAAGCAGAAGACCUCUCAAGAGAUGACCUGUUAUUUCUCCUCAGCAUUCUGGAGGGAGAACUGCAGGCUCGAGAUGAGGUCAUAGGCAUUUUAAAGGCUGAAAAAAUGGACCUGGCUUUGCUGGAAGCUCAGUAUGGAUUUGUCACUCCAAAAAAGGUGUUAGAGGCUCUCCAGAGAGAUGCUUUCCAAGCGAAAUCUGCCCCUUGGCAGGAGGACAUCUAUGAGAAACCGAUGAAUGAGUUGGACAAAGUUGUGGAAAAACAUAAAGAAUCUCACAGACGAAUCCUGGGACAGCUCUUAACGGUAGAAAAAUCCCAUAGGCAAACCAUUCUGGAGUUGGAGGAAGAAAAGAGAAAACAUAAGGAAUACAUGGAGAAGAGUGAUGAAUUCAUAUGCUUACUAGAACAGGAAUGUGAAAGAUUAAAGAAGCUAAUUGAUCAAGAAACCAAGUCUCAGGAAGAGAAGGAGCAAGAAAAGGAGAAGAGGGUCACCACCCUGAAAGAGGAGCUGACGAAGCUGAAGUCUUUUGCUUUGAUGGUGGUGGAUGAACAACAAAGACUGACGGCACAGCUCACCCGUCAAAGACAGAAAAUCCAAGAGCUGACCACAAAUGCAAAGGAAACACAUACCAAGCUAGCCCUUGCUGAAGCCAGAGUUCAGGAGGAAGAGCAGAAGGCAAACAGACUAGAGAAGGAACUGCAAACGCAGGCCACAAAGUUUCACCAGGAACGAGAGACAAUUAUGGCGAAGCUCACCAAUGAGGACAGUCAAAAUCGCCAGCUGCAACAGAAGCUGGCAACACUCAGCCGGCAGAUUGAUGAGUUAGAAGAGACAAACAGGUCUUUACGAAAAGCAGAAGAGGAGCUGCAGGAUAUAAAAGAAAAAAUCAGUAAGGGAGAAUAUGGAAAUGCUGGCAUCAUGGCUGAAGUGGAAGAGCUCAGGAAACGUGUGCUAGAUAUGGAAGGGAAAGAUGAAGAGCUCAUAAAAAUGGAGGAGCAGUGCAGAGAUCUCAAUAAGAGGCUUGAAAAGGAGACUUCACAGAGUAAAGACUUUAAACUAGAGGUGGAAAAACUCAGUAAAAGAAUUAUGGCUCUGGAAAAGUUAGAAGACGCUUUCAACAAAAGCAAACAAGAAUGCUACUCUCUGAAAUGCAAUUUAGAAAAGGAAAGGAUGACCACAAAACAGUUGUCUCAAGAACUGGAGAGUUUAAAAGUAAGGAUUAAAGAGCUAGAAGCCGUUGAAAGUCGGCUGGAACAGACAGAAUUCACUCUAAAAGAGGAUUUAACUAAACUGAAAACAUUAACUGUGAUGUUUGUAGACGAACGGAAAGCAAUGAGUGAAAAAUUAAAGCAAACUGAAGAUAAAUUACAAGCUGCUUCUUCUCAGCUUCAAGUGGAGCAAAAUAAAGUAACAGCAGUUACUGAGAAGUUAAUUGAGGAAACUAAAAGGGCGCUCAAGUCCAAAACCGAUGUAGAAGAAAAAAUGUACAGCAUAACCAAGGAGAGAGAUGAUUUGAAAAACAAAUUGAAAACGGAAGUAGAGAAAGGAAAUGAUCUCCUGUCAAAAGUUAACAUGUUGAAAAACAGGCUUCAAUCAUUGGAAGCAAUUGAAAAAGAUUUUCUAAAAUACAAAUUAAAUCAAGAUUCUGGGAAAUCCACAACAGCAUUACACCAAGAAAACACUAAGAUUAAGGAGCUCUCUCAAGAAGUAGAAAGACUGAAACUGAAGCUAAAGGAUAUGAAAGCCAUUGAGGAUGACCUCAUGAAAACAGAAGAUGAGUAUGAGACUCUAGAACGAAGGUAUGCUAAUGAACAAGACAAAGCUAAAUUUUUAUCUGAAGAGUUGGAACAUGUUAAAAUGGAACUUGCUAAGUACAAGUUAGCAGAAAAGACAGAGUCCAGCCAUGAACAAUGGCUUUUCAAAAGGCUUCAAGAGGAAGAAGCUAAGUCAGGGCACCUCUCAAGAGAAGUGGAUGCAUUAAAAGAGAAAAUUCAUGAAUACAUGGCAACUGAAGACCUAAUAUGUCACCUCCAGGGAGAUCACUCAGUCCUGCAAAAAAGGUUAAAUCAACAAGAAAACAGGAACAGAGAUUUAGGAAGAGAGAUUGAAAACCUCACUAAGGAGUUAGAGAGGUACCGGCAUUUCAGUAAGGGCCUUAGGCCUAGUCUCAAUGGAAGAAGAAUUUCAGAUCCUCAAGUAUUUUCUAAAGAAGUGCAGACAGAAGCAGUAGACAAUGAACCACCUGAUUACAAGAGCCUCAUUCCUCUGGAACGUGCAGUCAUCAAUGGUCAGUUAUAUGAGGAGAGUGAGGAUCAAGACGAGGAUCCCAAUGAUGAGGGAUCUGUGCUGUCCUUCAAAUGCAGCCAGUCUACUCCAUGUCCUGUUAACAGAAAGCUAUGGAUUCCGUGGAUGAAAUCCAAGGAGGGCCAUCCUCAGAAUGGAAAAAUACAAACUAAACCCAAUGCGAACUUUGUGCAACCUGGAGAUCUAGUCCUAAGCCACACACCUGGGCAGCCACUUCAUAUAAAGGUCACUCCAGACCAUGUACAAAACACAGCCACUCUUGAAAUCACGAGUCCCACCACAGAGAGUCCUCACUCUUACACAAGUACUGCAGUGAUACCUAACUGUGGCACCCCAAAACAGAGGAUAACCAUCCUCCAAAAUGCCUCCAUAACACCAGUAAAAUCCAAAACCUCGACUGAAGACCUCAUGAAUUUAGAACAAGGCAUGUCCCCAAUUACCAUGGCAACUUUUGCCAGAGCACAGACCCCAGAGUCUUGUGGUUCUCUAACUCCAGAAAGGACAAUGUCCCCUAUUCAGGUUUUGGCUGUGACUGGCUCAGUUAGCUCUCCUGAGCAGGGACGCUCCCCAGAACCAAUAGAAAUCAGUGCCAAGCAUGCGAUAUUCAGAGUCUCCCCAGACCGGCAGUCAUCAUGGCAGUUUCAACGUUCAAACAGUAACAGUGCAAGUGUGAUAACUACUGAGGAUAAUAAAAUCCACAUUCACUUAGGAAGUCCUUACAUGCAAGCUGUAGCCAGCCCUGUGAGACCUGCCAGCCCUUCAGCACCACUGCAGGAUAACCGAACUCAAGGCUUAACUAAUGGGGCGCUAAACAAAACAACCAAUAAAGUCACCAGCAGUAUUACUAUCACACCAACAGCCACAUCUCUUCCUCGACAAUCACAAAUUACAAUCAAGGAGGUAUGCAAGCAGAGAAUCCCAACACGGAUCCCUAAACCAAAAUCUACAGGCAUCACCAAGAUUUCAGCUAAUGCCCCCACACUGCCUCUGGAUAAGCCUAUUUACCAAAAUGGCUGUGGGAAGCUACACAUUGUAAGAACUGUAACCUCCAACGCUUUCCUCCACAUGGGAGGGAGAAGGUAACUCAUACCAACGCACUGCCCAGAUAUAUUCAUCUACAGAAAUAUCUGGAAAGCUAAAAUUACCACUAUGAAAGGCCCAAGGACCAUCUCUCCAUGAAAUGGUGAAGCAGCAAACUGACAGUUCAUUCAGAUUGGUGGACCUGAUGGAGAUCAACCUGAAAACGCAGCACAUCUACAAUUAUUUUACUUCUACAUGUGUAUACGCACAUAUACACACUCACAGGCCUAGACUCACACCCAAAUCUACCCAUUUCUUCCUCCUACAUAUAAUCUAACCCAAAAAUGGACUAUCUAGAGUCAGUCUGGGAUAGGACUGAAUUCACUAGAAUAGUUCAAGAGUUUUCUAGUGAAUACAGAAGUAAUUCUUCAUUCUACAAAACUUGGCUGAUUAAUCAAUUGUAUUUUGCUAAGAAAAGGUAAUAGCAAAAUUCCUAAUCUGAGUCAAGAAAAUCAGGUUUUUCCAUCAAGAUGAUGUGACAAUUAAAAUCAUACUUUAAGGUCUAAAACUAUGAUUUUUUUAUGACCAGGAGAGAAAAAACAAAGUGAUAAUUCUUAGUUACAAGGAGGAAAAGCAUCACAAAAGUGAGCAACAGCCGAAUAUGUCCUUUGUGUGGCAUACCUGACAAUCACUGGUGUAGUGAGCAUACCUGACCGCUGACACUUAGUCUCCUACCCAUUUUCCCAGUAUGUUUCCCCUCCUAUAUAAUCCAGGCCUCAGAAUCAUAUUGCUAGACUGUUAACAAAAACUUUAGAUUGGUAUUGUUAGAGUAAUCAGGGCAUAUCUAAAUCAAAGGUCAAUAACAUCGAGAUCUUUUAGGGAGAUAAAAAGCACUGUUCCAGGUGCUUGAAAAAACACACAAUUCGUCAUCUCAUAGGACACUGUUUAUUCCUAUCUCUUCCCUGAAUAAACACUGUAGAAAAUCAGUUGAUUCAACAAAAGCUUGGGGUUAGGAGACUCAAAUUCCAAUCCUGGAUUUUCAUUCAUGUGACACCAAGCUUUGCAUUCAUCAAUCUAAGCCUUGAGUUUCCAUAUGUAAAACAGGAAACUGAAAUAAUUCCUCAGGUCCCUUCCAGUUCUGAUAACCUACGAAUAUGCCCAACUAUUAAGACAAAAUGCCGAACUCAAACAGCCAUCUCUAAGGGCAGACACAGUCCCCUGGCGGCGAGCUAAGGUACUUCUUUCACCACACUGAAAACUCUCAUUGAACUGAGAGAAAGGUGUGCCUAUAAUUUAGUGUGGACAGAGUAACACGGGACAUUUUAAGAUAAGGCAUUUUUGACACAAAAGACAGUUCAAAAAACCAUUGAUUACCUUUUGUUCUCUUGUUUAAUUCAAUAUUAAGGAGGUAUGCAAGCAGAGAAUCCCAACACGGAUCCCUAAACCAAAAUCUACAGGCAUCACCUGUAGAUCUUGAAAUGUUUUUGAAAGACAUUUCAAAAAGCUUCAGUCGAGGUUGGGGAAAUAUCAAUGAAGUGACACUAAAUAUUUUUUGUGAUCCUUCACUAAAAACUGGAAGCAUGCCCCCAGAAGAAAUCCUCAUGGUUAAGGACUGCUUUAGCCAGCUGUCCUGGGAUAGCACCAGCUGAGCAAGAGCAAAUGAAUGGCCAUUCCCCAUAUUUAUCUAACUAAGCCCGCCUCAUUGCACUAAUGCCACUGUACAAAUACUCCUAGGCCCCUGCAAUUUCAAGGAGGAGGAGGAGCUAGAGGCCUGGGCAGCAUGGAGAGGGAUGGUGUGCAGUAGUAUUAGCAGGCAAGUGGCAGAGGGUGGUAAGGGGAGGUCAAACGAAUUAAACGUCUGAAGUAGGAAAGUGUAAGUGAAAGGAAAGCAGGAAGAGAAUAGGAGAAGGGGAUGGACUACAAAAGAAGGUGAAGACUGUGCAUGGAGGCUAACACCAGUAACCCAAGCACUUUGAGAGACUAAGGUGAGAGGAUCGCUUGAGGCUAGGAGCUCAAGACCAGUCUGGACAACUUGGCAAGCCCUUGUCUCUCAGAAAAAAAAAGAAAAAAAAAAAAAAAAAAGCUAGGGUGGUGGUACACACCCGCAGUCCUAGCUACCUGGGAGGCAGAGGCAAGAGGAUCGUUGAGCCCAGGACUCUGAGGCUCCAGUGGGCAUGAUCGCACCACUGCACUCCAGCCUGAGUGACAGAGCAAGACCUUGUUUGUGGGAAACAAAACAAAACAAAACCAAAAAAAAGUAGGGCGAUGAAGCUGUAACACCAACAAAAUAAUACACAUAUGUGUGGAGUGCUUAGUACUGUGCUGACAUAAGACAGGUAUUUGAUAAAUCUUGAGUGAACAGAGAAUGAGUAAAUGAAGAAGGAAAGUCCAUUCAGUCAAGACAUUAAGUGAGAACAUAUGCUAAGAGACAGCAAUGGUGUACGACAGGGUUAGGAAAAGUAGUUAUGCCCAGGUGACAUGCAACAUCGGUAAUUAUGCUAACAGAAAAAAACCCACUGCAAUUCCUACAGUAUAAAGCAAACAGACUGAAAAGAAGCAUAAAACAGGAAAAACUACACGCACUAACAAUAGUCCCAGAAAACAAAAUACCUUGGGAAAAAUUUUACUCUGAAGAGGAGCACAAAAUAUGCUGUAUGUUGAAGAUCUCAAAAUUGUUUUAUCUCAUGUCAGGAGACUCCCUAAAGUACAUUUUUACCAAAGCUGGCAUAAGUUUAAGAGGAAACACGAAAAGAGGGGCAAGACAGUAUAAAAGUACUAAAAAAUUUGGGUAGAAAAAUGUCGACACUUCAAUGGGACCCAGCAGAAACAAUGGUAAGGCAGUUCUAAUCCCAUUAAGACAAAAGACUUCAAAGUUAUGUUGGCUCGGUACAGUGACUCACACCUGCCAGCAUUUUGGAGGCUGAGGCAGGCAGAUCACAUGAGGCCAGGAGUUUGAGACCAGUCCGGUCAACAUGGCAAAACCCCAUCUCUAUUAAAAAUACAAAAAUUAGCUGGGUGUGGUGGUGCACUGCUGUAAUCCCAGCUACGUGGGAGGCUGAGGCAUGAGAAUCACUUGAACCUGGGAGACAGAGGGUGCAGGAAGCCAAGAUUGUGCCACACACUCAGUCUUGGUGACAGAGCGACUCUGUCUCAAAAUAAUUAAUAAUAAUAAUAAAGUUAUAUUUUAACAAAAGGAUUAUCAACACAAAAUCAUGCUUAUUUCAAGCACUAUGCAUUAAUAAUAUAAGAAAAAUGAAAAUACAGGCUUUGCCCGCUGCCUAAGGAGGAGGUGGGGUCCGGGCCAGCCACUACCGACGUUGCUGGGAUGCUGCAAGUACACAUGACCACCUGAGCUAUCAGGCCCAGGAGCCCGAUGUGGAGCGCUUCUUUAAGGGCUACGGGAAGAUCCUGGACGUGGAUCUGAAGAACGGAUAUGGUUUUCUGGAGUCUGAUGAUCUGCGUGAUGCAGAUGAUGCUGUUUAUGAACUGAAUGGCAAAGACCCUUGUGGUGAGCGAGUAAGUUGAGCAUGCCGCGGCCCCCGGCGAGAUGGCAGUUACGGCUCUGGACGCAGUGGAUACGGUUAUAGAAGUGGCCGAGGUAAACAUGGCCCUCCUACUCGCACAGAGUACAUUCUUAUUGUGGAGAAUUUGUCAAGUCGGUGCAGCUGGCGAGACCUAAAGGAUUAUGUGUGUCAGGCAGGAUAAGUGACUUAUGUGGAUGCUCACAAGGGACGCAAAAAUGAAGGCGGUGAUUGAAGUUGUAUCUUAUUCUUAUAUGAAAAGAGCUUUGGAAAAGUCAAUGGCAGAAAAGCUGAUCAGUGGAAGACAAGCCAGGUUCCAGACGAUGCCGGUCCUACUUCAGGAGCUGGCGUCAUUCAAGGCCUCGCUGUAGAAGCAGACACUCCCUUAAGAGCAGGAGCCGAAGUGGCAGCAGCCAAAGCAGUGAUUCUAAGAGCAGACCCCCGUCCAGGUCGGGCUCCCGCUCCCGCAGCAAGAGCCGGAGCCGGAGUCAGAUUCGGAACAAGAAGGAGAAAAGCUGGAGUCCCAGCAAGGACAAGAGCCGCAGCAAGCGCAAAGACCAAGCUGAAGAGAAGAUCCAAAACAAUGACAAUGCCAGGAAACCCAAGAGCUGGCAUCCUAGGAGGCACAAAAGUAAGAGCAGAAGUCAGAGCAGGAGUCUGGAGAGGAGAGUGGAGGAGGAGAAGCGAGGCAGUGUGAGUGGAGCAGGAGCCAGGAGGAAGGCAGGGUCCAGGAGCAGAGGAAGAGUCGCCGCCAGAGUCGGAGCCCGAGCAGGAGCAAACCCGGCAGCCGGGGCCAGAGGAACUGCAAGGACAAAGGGCAGGAAGAGAAGCAGGGAGGAGAGCCGCAGCGGCAGCCGAAGCAAGAGUGAGAGGAGCAGAAAGCGAGGCAGCAAGGAGGGCAGCAGAAAGAAGAAAAAGGAAGACACUGACCGCUCCCUACUCUGAAUCCAGUCAGAGGGAAGGCCGAGGGGAGAGAGUGAGAAUGCUGGCACCAAUCAGGAGACCCGGUCCACGUCGAGAUCCAAUUUCAAAUAGAAACCAAAACUUCCGUCAGAAUCAGGCUCCAUAUCAAAGUCAGCUACAAAAGCCUGAUCCGGGUCCAAGUCUCGAUCCAGGCCUGCCUUCAGAUCACCUUCCGGAUCUAGAUCUAGGUCCCAGGCAAGGUCUUCACUGCCUACGACCACUGGGGAACUACCCGAGGAGUCUUUUGUGCAUGUUUGCUAGCCGUAGCACAAGAGAUUGGAGUAGAACAUGUUACUGCUGUACAUUUUCAACUCCCCUAAUGGUGUGUCCAUAAUUGUUAGAUCUAAGUGCUUCCUUUCCGUAAAGCCUCCUGGUGCCAGCUCUUCUUGCUUCACUGAAAAAAAUUUUCUCUUUAGAAAAUCCCCUUUUACUCAUGGCCCACAGUAGAAUAUCCAAAACGCCUUGGCUUUCAGGCCUGGCCUUUCCUACAGGGAGGGAGCUCCGUAACCUGGACAGCUCUACGGCUGGAAUGAUCACAUAGGUAGGUAUGGUGAGUUCAAUCAGUUUUUGCUCAUGAAUUGACGCUUUUCGAUGUAUGCCAUUUAGUGACAGCACUAAGUCUUAAGUUUCCUACCACUUUGGUUUCAUAUUUUUGGACUUAACCAAGUUGUGAAUAGCACAGUCAAGGAAAAUUGAUACUUGCAGUAACCCACAGGAAAUAAACUAUAGCGUUCCAUAUUCUGGUAUACUGAUGAUAUUGCUUUACAUUAAAAAAUAAGUUUAAAAUUUUAUUAUUCCCUGUCUUGCAAGUAUAGUGACCCCUGUUUCCAUUAAAUGUGAAUAAAGACUAUCUUUGCAUGACAAAAAAAAAUGCAAAUACAACUACAAAGUAGGAAUACUAUUUGGAGUUCAAAACAAUAAUGCCUGACCUAUACGUAACACUGAAAUAUGAAGAACUUGCCUCUUGAACAUCCUGUUUCUGCAAAAGUGUGGCCUCUGAAGAACAAUGAAAAUAAAAGAAGCUGACCUAGUAAUCUACAGUGAUUUCACUUGUUUUUUUAAAGUAAGCAGAUAAAAAUCCGAGUGAGUGAAAACAAAUCCUAUUUGUAACAAAAAUGUUAACAACCUAAUACUUUUAAGCUAAUGUCUUUUCCUGGUCCUUCAUUUAUUUAACUUCAAGAUUGCUGAAUUAAUCUUGAGAUUUUUUAGAAUCAAAUACCUGAUUUUCACAGAUACAUGACUGGUCUAAUAUAUGACUGAUAAUUACUAAGUAACGGAGUAACUAAGGUAAAGCACAAUUCUCUCUGGGUUUGUUUCAAAUUUCAUCUCCUGAAGACAUGUGACAUGCAAUUCAGGAUGUGACUUUGAAUUUGGGGGAGGGUUUGCAAACUGUGGUUCACAGGCCAAAUUCGACCCACUGUUAAUGUUGAAAAACAAUCAAAAUAAGACUAUUUUGUGAUGUGAAAAUUGCAUAAAAUUCAGAUGUUGUUGUCUAUAAAUAAAGUUUUACUGAAACACA